CUUUCCCAUCACGCCACCGCCACCCACUCACCAUCUCCAUCGGGAUCCUCCCAGAUCCACCUCCCUGUCACCGAACCCUCCGACCACUUCCCUCGUUUUCAGCGCUGCCCAAUCCAUCGAUCCACCCAACCAGCAGCUCCUUCUCGUACCCGUACCCACUGCAGCCCACUCCUAUCCGAUCUAGCCGCCACCAACCUCCUUCGCCUCGUCCCAGCGGCGGACGUGGAGCCGGGACUCCCGCCGGACCUCCUCCCUGCCCGAGGCUGCUGCCUCCCCGACGUCUUCCUCAAGCAGGAGCUCACACCCAAGCUCCAUCGCCACCCGUACCCCUCACCGGAGCAACACUAGCAGCUGCCCAGGCCUCUCCCUCAUCCCUCUGCUUCCCCUUCCCUCCGCUCUCCAUUCCCCUCUCUGACCCCUUGCUCUUCCUCUCUUGUCCUCGACAGGAACAACGACGCCAACGACGGCAUGGCGCCCGGAGCUCGAGCUUGUCCGGCACCACCGUCUGGACCCAUCUCCGGGGACUGGAUCCGUGCUUUGUCAUCUAUACCAGUCGUCCACGUGUCGUCAGAGGACGCCCCGCACGCCAAGUUCGAUGCCGCCGCUCCCCAGCAUCAUCCCGAGCGCAUCAUCCUGAGCGCCAAGUCGCCUCAACCGCAUAGAGCCGUGCCUAUUGACCGCAUCCGCCAGAUCCAAUGGGAACCUCCGUCCCCACGUCGCCGUGCCCUGCAUCCCGCGGCCAGCCGCACCAAGUCCCUCGUCCGGUCGUCCCUGCCGCCAAGUCCAUCGCUGCCUGAACCUCCCUGGUUCGCCAUGUCCCUUGUUGCGACCUCUGCUUCGUUGCAUCGAGCGAGCGAGGGGAGCACCCGCGUUGACCGUGCCGCCAGCAUGCCUGGGCCACCGCGUCGCCUUCACCUGCAUCGGCCCAGCAGCGGCAAGGCCGUGCCAGGCCUGUGGGGCCUCUCCACCAGUCGGGCCGAGGCCCAUGUUCUGAUAACGUCGCAUUUGUGAGGAUCCGUUCAACUACGUCCGUUUGCCUUCUUC